AUGGCAGCAGUAACACAAGCAGCAGCCCUGGCUGAGAAGGCCAUUGGCCACGGCGACAACGCCAUCACCGCCCAGGACGUUACCAACCCUGGAAGAGACAGAUCAAAGUAUGGUGACCCGAGCGAGAACAUGAAGGCUUUGGUCUGGCAGGGCAAGAACACAGUCGAGGUCAUCGAGUGCCCCAAGCCCAAGAUCAUCGAGCCUCGCGAUGUCAUCCUCAAGAUCACUGGCAGCACUGUCUGCGGCUCCGACCUCCACUUGCUACACGGCUCGGUCGUCGAGAUGGAGAAGGGCGACAUCCUUGGUCACGAGUUCUGCGGUAUCAUCGAUCAGGUCGGCUCUGAAGUUAAGAACCACAAGGUCGGCGACCGUGUCGUUGCCUCUNUCCAGAUUGCUUGCGGAGACUGCAUGUACUGCAAGAAGAAGCUGUCAUCGCAAUGCGAGAAGACCAACUCCAACACCAUCGAGAACGCUAUGUACGGUGGCCGUACUGCUGGCAUGUUCGGCUACUCUCACUUCACUGGUGGUUUCGCUGGUGGUCAGGCCGAAUACACUCGUGUCCCUUGCGGUGAUGUCAACCUUCUCCACCUCCCCGAUGAUGUCCCCGAUGAGAAGGGUCUCUACCUGUCCGAUGUUGUCAGCACCAGCUGGAACUGCGUUGUCGACACUGGUGUCAAGGAGGGCGAUGUCGUUGCCAUCUGGGGUGCCGGUCCUAUCGGUCAGAUGUGUAUCGACUUCUGCUACAUGAACGGCGCCAAGCGUGUCAUUGUCAUUGACCAGAACUGGCGUCUCGACUUCUGCAAGUCCAAGUACCCCAACAUUGAGACCAUCGACUUCUCCAACCUGCCCAAGGGCGAGACUGUUGUCAGUACUUUGAAGAAGAUGGAGCACGGUGGCCCUGAUGUCGCUCUCGAGUGUGUCGCUGGAGAAUACCCCAAGAGCUGGGCUCACACCGUUGAGCUCAUGGCUGGUCUCGAGACUGACACUCCUGAGAUCAUCAACGAGAUGAUUGAAAGUGUCAAGAAUUACGGACGUUGCGGUAUCACUGGUGUUUACGUCGGCUACGUGAGUUCUUUUCACCACAACACAUGUUAUCAACACAAAACUGACCUUAUUACAGNNACCAACCACUUCAACAUUGGCUCGUUGAUGGAGCGCGGUAUCCGCCUGAUCGGUAACGGACAAGCUCCCGUCCACCUCUACUGGGAGAAGCUCCUCAAGAUGAUCCAAGAAGGCAAGAUCGACCCCUUGAAGAUGGUCACCCACCGUGUCGCCAUGGAGGACCUCGCCAAGGUCUACUACAUGUUUGACAAGAAGGAGGAUGGCAUGCAANAGGUGUACGUCGAGACCAAGUUCUCGCAACCCGCUUGCGCCGGCAGCCCUGCCCUCAAGAGAUACUCUUGA